AUGGCUUCCCGCCCCACGGCCCCCUGCCCGGUGCUGCAGAGGGACAGCUUGUUCCGGUCAGGGGACCAUGCGUACAGAAUCCCAGCUCUGCUCUACCUGCCCCAGAAGAAGGUGCUGCUGGCCUUUGCCGAGAGGCGGGUGAGCAAGCGGGACGAGCACGCAGAACUGAUCGUCCUGCGCAGAGGGGCCUACGACGGGUCCGCCCACCAGGUCCAGUGGCAAGAUCAGGAGGUGGUGGCCCAGGCCCAGCUGGCGGGCCACCGGUCCAUGAACCCGUGCCCUUUGUACGACGAGAAGACGGGGACCCUCUUCCUCUUCUUCAUCGCCAUUCCAGGCCAGGUCUCUGAACACCACCAGCUCCACACCAGGGUCAACGUGGCCAAGUUGUGCCAAGUCACCAGUCUCGAUCACGGGAGGACCUGGAGCCCCCCCAGAGACCUCACUGGCGCCACCAUCGGCUCGGCCCACGGGGACUGGGCCACCUUUGCUGUGGGCCCGGGCCACUGUCUGCAACUGCACAACAAGACCCACAGUCUGGUGUUGCCUGCCUACGCUUACCGGAACCUUCAAGCUCACCGGGCGCCUGUCCCCUUUGCCUUCUGCUUCCUCAGCCACAACCAUGGGCACACGUGGGAAUGCGGGCACUUUGUGGCCCAGGACACCCUGGAGUGCCAAGUGGCGGAAGUUGGGGCCGGGGAGAAGAGUGUGGUAUAUCUCAAUGCCAGAAGCUUCCGGAGAACCAGGGUCCAGGCAGAGAGCACCAACAAUGGGCUCACCUUUAAGACAGCCCAGCCGGUAAGGAAGCUUGUGGAACCCCCACAUGGCUGCCACGGGAGCACCGUGGCGUUCCCCAGCCCCCACGCAGAGCCAGCCUCCUCAGACAGGUGGCUACUCUACACUCACCCUACGGACCCCAGUCAGAGGAUCAAUCUGGGUACCUAUCUCAACAAGCGGCCGCUGGAUCCUUCAGCCUGGUCAGAGCCUUCUCUGCUGGCCGUGGGCAGCUGUGCCUAUUCCGACCUCCAGAGCAUGGGUUCUGGGCCUGACGGGUCCCCACAGUUUGGGUGUCUGUAUGAAUUCAACGACUACCAGGAGGUCAUCUUCCUCCUGUUCACCCUGAAGCAAGCCUUCCCCUCGGAGCUUUGA